CAGAACUUAUUUACUUACUCUCAAGUAGCUUGACGUUUUACAAUCAAUGAUCAUAUAUCGAUAUCGAAUUUUGCUCUUCUCCAGACUGUUGGGUUAGCUGUAUGCUCUAAUCAAAUUUAAUUGUAAAAGAAAAGAGAGAGAAAAACAGCUAAAACUCCCGUUUGAACUUUUUUGGUUUGCCAGCAAAAAAGCUAAGCGCAGAGCGUCGCGUUGUCUUCAGACCGUGAGGUGAGCAGAGCAAAGCCUGCUGGGCCGAGGUGCUGCUAUGGGGAACCGGGGAAUGGAAGAUCUGAUCCCUCUCAUCAACAAACUCCAAGAUGCGUUCAGCUCCAUCGGCCAGAGCUGCAACCUGGACCUGCCCCAGAUAGCUGUCGUCGGCGGCCAGAGCGCUGGGAAAAGCUCGGUCUUGGAAAAUUUUGUGGGCAGGGACUUUCUUCCCAGAGGCUCUGGCAUCGUCACCCGCCGGCCUCUCGUCCUGCAGCUCAUUAACAGUAAAUCAGAACAUGCUGAGUUCCUGCACUGUAAGAGCCGGAAGUUUGUGGACUUUGAGGAGGUCCGUGCGGAGAUCGAGGCAGAGACGGACAGGAUCACGGGCUCCAACAAGGGCAUCUCGCCCGUUCCCAUCAACCUGUGUGUCUACUCCCCAAAUGUGCUGAACCUGACGCUGAUAGACCUGCCGGGGAUGACCAAGGUUGCCGUGGGCGACCAGCCGGUGGACAUCGAGCACCAGAUCCGGGACAUGCUGCUGCAGUUCAUCACCAAGGAGAGCUGCCUGAUCCUGGCCGUGACCCCGGCCAACAUGGACCUGGCCAACUCCGACGCCCUGAAGAUCGCCAAGGAGGUGGACCCGCAAGGCCUUCGGACCAUCGGAGUGAUCACCAAGCUGGACCUGAUGGAUGAGGGCACAGACGCCCGGGACAUACUGGAAAACAAGCUCCUCCCUCUACGCAGGGGGUACAUUGGAGUGGUGAACCGCAGCCAGAAGGACAUCGACGGGAGAAAGGACAUCUCCGCCGCGCUGGCGGCAGAGAGGAAGUUCUUCCUGUCGCACCCGGCCUACAGACACAUCGCUGAACACAUGGGCACACCUCACCUGCAGAAGACCCUCAACCAGCAACUCACCAACCACAUCAGGGACACCCUGCCCGCGCUGCGCAGCAAGAUGCAGAGCCAGCUGCUGUCCCUGGAGAAGGAGGUGGAGGAACACAAGAGCUUCCGCCCGGAUGACCCCAACCGCAAGACCAAGGCCCUGCUGCAGAUGGUGCAGCAGUUUGGCGUGGACUUUGAGAAGUGCAUCGAGGGAUCAGGCGACCAGGUGGACACCUCCAACCUGUCUGGCGGAGCCAAAAUAAACCGCAUCUUCCACGAGCGCUUCCCCUACGAGUUGGUCAGGAUGGAGUUUGACGAGAAGGAGCUGAGGAAAGAAAUAAGUUACGCCAUCAAAAACAUCCAUGGAGUCAGGACAGGCCUGUUCACCCCCGACCUGGCGUUUGAGGCCAUAGUGAAAAAGCAGAUCAUUAAGCUGAAAGACCCUUGUCUGAAAUGCGUUGACCUCGUCGUCUCCGAGCUCGCGGCGCUGAUCAUGAAGUGCACGGAUAAGCUCACCUCCUACCCCAGACUGAGAGAGGAGACAGAGCGGAUCGUCACCACCCAUGUCCGAGACAGAGAGAGUAAAACCAAAGAUCAGGUGUUGCUGCUGAUUGACAUAGAGCUGUCCUACAUCAACACAAACCAUGAGGACUUCAUCGGUUUUGCCAACGCACAGACAAGAAGUGCAUCAAACGCAACUAAGAAGAGAGUUAUGCCUAACCAGGUGAUCCGCAGAGGGUGGCUGACCAUCAACAUCAGCAUUAUGAAGGGAGGAUCCAAGGACUACUGGUUUGUCCUCACCGCCGAGUCCCUCUCCUGGUAUAAGGAUGAAGAGGAGAAAGAGAAGAAGUACAUGCUGCCUCUUGACAAUCUGAAUCUCAGGGAUGUGGAGAAGGGCUUCAUGUCAAGCAAACACGUGUUCGCCAUCUUCAACACGGAGCAGAGGAACGUGUAUAAAGACCUCCGGCAGAUCGAGCUGGGCUGUGACACCCAGGAGGAUGUGGACAGCUGGAAGGCCUCCCUCCUACGAGCCGGGGUGCAUCCUGAGAAAAGCCAGGGCGACGGCGAUGAGACAAUGACCUCUGGGGACAGCGUGUCCAUGGACCCCCAGCUGGAGAGACAAGUGGAGACCAUCCGCAACCUGGUGGACUCCUACAUCGGCAUCGUGAACAAGUCCAUCCGGGACUUCAUGCCCAAGACCAUCAUGCACCUGAUGAUCAACAGCGCUAAGAACUUCAUCCACGCCGAGCUGCUGGCCUACCUGUACGAGGACCAGAACAGCCUGAUGGAGGAGUCUCCUGAGCAGGCCCAGAGGAGGGACGAGAUGCUGAAGAUGUACCAGGCCCUCAAGGAGGCGCUGGUCAUCAUCGGAGACAUCAGCACCAGCACCAUCUCUGCUCCCCUGCCGCCUCCGGUGAACAAUGACUGGCUGGCCAAGGAACCCAGUCCUCCCACGGCGUCUCGCGCGGCCGCCACCGCGGCCCCCCCACCCGUUCGGCCCCCCGUGGCGAGGGGGCCAGCCGCCGGGGGCCCGCCCCUCCCCCUCAACCCGUCCCCUGCGUUCGGGGUCCCGUCCAUCCCCUCCAGACCGGGCCCCCCGGGGGCCUACGGACUCCCCGCGGACCCCGGCGCUGCCCAGAGGAUGCCCUCCCGGCCCGCCCGCAUCCCCCCCGUCAUUCCAGGUCGAAGACCCCCCGCUGCUCCCACCAGACCUACUAUCAUACGCUCCUCGGAGCCGUCCUUGCUUGACUAGACAUAUUUACACUUAUUAUAAUGUUUUUCAUUAUUUUCUCCUUGGUCUAAAUAGGAUGUUAGGGAUGUAAUCCAUUUUAUAUUCUUGUAUUUUUAUCAAUGUAUUACUACUAUAUUUGGUAAUCCUUAAGGGUAAGUAAACCCCUAAAUCAACGGUUCCGAUGGUUCUCACCAAGUGUUGGUGAACAUUUCUAAUAUGCUCUGCUAAGAUAUAUGUUAAGUUCCUACACAGUUCCUACAGAUAUUCUCUGUGAAAUACAAAAGGUAAGCUACAUCCGGCUUAUAACGCUUUUAAAGAGUGGUCAUUUUCUAUUGGCUGAGCACCCUGGCACAAGCGAGUGUGAUGCAAGUUUUGAACGCCACUCACACUUGCUGCUAUGGAAACCAAUGUGUCAAUUUUUUCUAAAAUCUUUAUGACUGUCAACUUUUCAACUUUUGGGCAGAAGUUCUGCUAAACAGGGUUUUACUUUUCCUUAAAUAAGUUAUAUGCAGAAGUUUCAAAAAGCAUCCUGCAUGUCUAUUUUUAAGGCAUUAUUACACUUUCAGUGUUAUAAAAAGGGAAGAUUUCUUUUUACUGAAUCAUUUAAUUAUGGGAUGAGGAAAUUAUCUGAAAUUGACUUUAUGCUGCCUCUUUUUGAACUGAGAAAGCUGUAUUGUUUGUACGCCCAAUGGCAAAAUUGCACAAGAAGUCAAAUAAACGCUCCAUAUUUCAUGUUUUGAUCAAAUAUCGAUUUUGUAUACUGCCUUUUAUUCGCAACUAUAUUCGCAUCUGUAAUUGUUGCACGACAUUGUUAUGACCGGUCAGAAGACUCCAUUUGGUCCAAAUGUAAUAUGUACAGUAUGUUAUGCGUGAAUAGAUUGUCAGUAUUGGUGUUCUUAUUGGCUGUCAAAAUGCCUAAUUUCACGGACCAAUUCAACUAAAAGCUGAAGGGAUAAAGAGCAGACACCCGAGUUCAUGUCCAACAUCAAGUUUCUAGUGGUAGUUUUUAUAAUGAGUUGUUUGGAAUCAUGUUGUUGGAAAAAACAUAAAUCCAAGUGUCUCUUGAACCUAAAGCCUUGUCCUACUGAUUGACUUUGCUGGUUGACCCAAGAAUGGUUGAAACACGACACUAGUGCCAAUAUGGAUGACGGAUUGUGUGAUCAUGAAUGCACUGGGACCAAAUAAAGGAACUAAAGCUGUUGCACCUCCUUCUAUAUGUCUGUUUUUUUGA